UAUAAUAUACGGAGCUCGAAAAGGCCCAACCAUAUCACAGUAACUGUAAGCCCUAUAAAACCUAAUAUCGUACUCCUAAAAUUAUCGCCGUGAGUUUUCUGCGACUUCUAGGGUUUCUCUGCAAAUCUUCUUCUUCUCCAAAAAAGCAGCAAUGGCGGUACCUUUAUUAGACAAAAAGAUCGUAAAGAAGAGAGUGAAGAAGUUCAAGAGGCCACAACAUGACCGUAAAAUCUGUGUCAAGACAAACUGGCGCAGGCCAAAGGGUAUAGAUUCGCGUGUUCGAAGGAAGUUUAAGGGGGUAACGCUGAUGCCCAACAUUGGGUAUGGCUCAGACAAGAAAACUCGUCACUUCUUGCCUAAUGGCUUUAAAAAGUUUGUUGUUAACAAUGUCAGCGAGCUGGAACUUCUGAUGAUGCACAACAGGACAUACUGUGCAGAGAUUGCUCAUAAUAUUUCAACAAGAAAGAGAAAGGAGAUCGUUGAGCGUGCUGCACAACUAGAUAUAGUUGUGACUAACAAGCUCGCUAGGCUUGCAAGUCGGGAGGACGAGUGAUCCUAGUGGAGGAUAAGAACCUAUCAUCUUCCCGUUCUCAAUCUCUUUCAUUUUGUUGUGCGUCUUCUGCAGUACAUCUGAGGAUAUGUAGUUGAAGUUUAAUGUACACCUGUGCUAUGAACAUUUAUUUUUGAGGUUUAUGUUUUUAUUUUUUUUGCGCCUUCUUAAUGUGGAGGAUUUCAUUUUGACUUCAGCCAUCAGUAUUAGUAAUUCAGUCCUAUGGAGCUCAAAAUCAUCCCAUAAGAUAUUUGAAUGAGCAAAGCUUGGUUUAUGUUUCA